AUGCAGAUGGAGAACCUGAGGCUCAGGGAUGACCGCAAUGACCACAACGUGGUCAUCCAGGGAGUGGGAGAGGCAGAGCCCGACCGCGAGGCUCCCGGAUGUUCCCAGAGCCGGAAUCGGGCCUGCGGCUCGGCUUCUCUAGCUGCUGCCGGGGGUGUGCAGCUCAAGGCUUUCGUCCUUGCGUACGCGGGGCGGCUGAGCCUGCUGAGGACCAGGGCCGCGUUGGGUGGGACGCCCGAGGAGGCCUCCGGGACCGGGUUUGAAGCUGUGGAGAGGGAGGCGGCGGCGACCGGGCAGGAGGUGGCGCUGGACCCGCUGGACGUAAUGGAGGUGGUGGAGGUCGUGGCCGAGGAGCACGAGGAGGGCGACGAGGACGACAGGCAGGCACCGCUAGCCUGGGCUCCGGUGGCGCCUGUGCCCCCGUUGGAGGCGUUGGAGAUCCUUCAGUUGGAGCUGGGAGCCGUGAAUGCCCGAGGAAGCAGGGCUUCUGCUCGGCUCAAGCGGAAGCUGGGAAAGAGGCGCAGGCGUCAUCUUGAGCGGAGAACGGCCAUCAUCCAGGACAUCCCUGGCUUCUGGGCCAAAGUUGUAUCCUUUGGGCUGUGUGUCGAGGGUGGCUGCCAAAGGGGGCUGGGGGUGGAGGAGGUCGAGAGUGAGCAGGUGACAGGGGCCAGGAGCACUGAUCCACACUGGAAGAUAUCAGCAGUGAUCAGCGCCCAAGAUGAAGACGUGCUUAGCUACAUGACCGACUUGCAGGUAGAGGAACUGGAUCAUUCUACGUAUGGCUGUCGAAUGCUAUUUUACUUUCGAAAGAACCCAUACUUCCGCAAUGCAGUGAUCAUGAAGGAGUAUCACCUGAGCCUCACUGGGCCCAGGGCAUCUUUUUGUAGUCAACUCCAGUGGUUCUCUGAUGAUGAAGUUGAAGCCCCUUUCCCCAUGGGGGACACCGUCAGCCUGAGCUUCUUGAACUGGUUGUGUGACCACAUCCGCCCAGGGCCAGACACUAUCGCUGAGAUUAUCAUCGAGGACCUGUGGCUUAAUCCGCUGAAAUACUACCCCAGGUAG